UAUGUUCUAUGACAAAUCGCUCUUAGCAGCGUUCGCGUCGUCGGUACUGUAAAAACGUUGUAAACACGUAUGUUUAAUGAAUAAUAUUAUUCAACUAUUGUGAUGACCUAAUUAUCUUAUAAUGAUCUAGUUGCAGUUUCAUGAUGCUCGGCAUAAUCGUAUCUGGUCGUUUAGUGCAGACGGAUUUUCAACAAAUCGGAGAAAAUCAAUUUUUAAUCACAGUACCUGAUGCCGAUAACAUAAAUCAUAUUGUAGUAUUUCUUACAGGUACUGUUCCAUUUCCUGAUGGAAUGGGCGGUGCAGUAUAUUUUAGUUGGCCAGAUUCAAAUGCGCCACCGAACUGGCAGUUUCUAGGAUUUAUUUCAAAUGUUAAGCCAUCUGCCAUUUUCAAAAUAUCAACAUUGAAGAAAAAUCAUGAAUUUGAAAAUAGUAAUUUAGGAAUAUUUGGAAUUGGCAAGAUAUCUCAUGUAGCACAAAUAGGCAUUUCUGUUGAUCCAUUAAAUGUGAUAGAGCAACAAGCGGCUACUGUUUCUGAAACAGCAACAAAUUCUUUCAUAGAAUUUGUACAAAAAAUGCUUACAAGCUUCUUAAAUUAUGUCUCCAGUUUUUCUAUAACUCAACCACAGAUGACUCCAAAUCCUACAGAAAAUUUUGUACCGUUGUCUACCAUACAAGGAUGGUAUGAAACUUUUGAAAGAAGAUUACAACAAAAUCCAAAUUUUUGGAAGGCGUGAUGAAUAUUCAGAGGGUAUUAGUUAGAUUUUUCAUAAUUUCUGUAAAACAAGUCAAACAUUACGUACACUUGUUUAGCACUUCAUAUUUUUACAUUAUAAUGUCGCAACAUAAAGUAAACUUUUAUAUUCUUACAAAAAAAAAAAAAAGAAAAAUAUAUAUAUAUAAUUUGUAUGUAGGUAAGAAUAUUUCAAUGUCUUAAAUAAGAAUGAAUAGAAAAGUAUAUUAGUUUCUCUAAACCGAGAAAAAAGAAUAUUUUUUUCAUCUUAUUAUAAUCAAUAAAUGCAUUUAAUGCAGCAAUACAAAUCUAUGUAAGGUACAUGAUAUAGAAAUAUGCAUUUAUAUUGCGUUACAUAAUAUAUUUAAUGCAAACACUUAGCAAAUAGACUUGUCAAAAAAUGACAAGUUCUAAUAAAAAUGGUUUAUUUAAUAUUAAGAAUAGCUAUAUGUUAUAUUUAUAUAUUAGCUACUACAGUUUAUAGUUGAUUAAUUCGUAUGAAAUAUUGUAAGUUUUUAGAAUUAUCAAUGUUAUGGCACGUGUUAAAUUAUGGUACAAGAUUAUGAAACUAUAUAAAAUUAAAUGACGUAAAUAUUUA